AUGGCUGGCUACGAAGCAGGCGGCCAUUAUGACGAUGGUUACGCCCAAGCAGGUCAUGGCGACGCCUAUUAUCAAGACGAGCAUGAGCAUGCUCAGGGAUACUACGAUAACCAACAAUACGGUGAUGGAUACUACGACAGAGGUGAAUACUACGAUCCCGCUCAACCUGAUGCCGCUCAUCCACAGGCAUACGCCGAAGGUGGUCAGCACGAUGAAUACUACGGGGAUCAACAAUAUUACGACCAGGGACAAGCUCGUGGCCGUCGCGGUGACUCCGAGGAAGAUUCAGAGACAUUCAGUGACUUCACCAUGAGAUCGGAAACCGCUCGUGCCGCUGACAUGGAUUACUAUGGCCGCGGUGAUGAGCGUUACAACAGCUACGCGGGCAGCCAAAGUGGAUAUGGGUACCGCCCCCCAUCCUCACAGGUGUCCUACGGUGGAAACAGAUCAUCCGGUGCAUCCACACCUGUUUACGGCAUGGAGUACGGAAACGCGUUGCCGGCUGGCCAGCGUUCGCGGGAGCCAUACCCAGCUUGGACCUCUGAUGCUCAGAUUCCUCUUUCCAAAGAGGAAUUAGAGGACAUUUUCUUAGACUUGGUGAACAAGUUUGGUUUCCAGAGAGACAGCAUGCGUAACAUGUAUGACCAUAUGAUGACGCUCCUCGAUUCGCGUGCCUCCCGUAUGACCCCCAACCAGGCCCUACUCUCCUUGCACGCCGACUAUAUUGGUGGACACAAUGCCAACUACCGCCGUUGGUACUUCGCCGCUCACCUGGACCUUGAUGAUUCCGUCGGCUUUUCGAAUAUGAAGCUUGGGAAGGCGGAUCGCAAGACCCGAAAGGCUCGUAAGGCUGCCCAGAAGGCCGCUAAGGAAAACCCGGAGAAUGAGGAGGAGGUUCUGGAAGCCCUGGAAGGCGACAACAGCCUGGAGGCAGCCGAGUACCGCUGGAAGUCUCGCAUGAACCGCAUGUCCCAGCAUGACCGUGCCCGCCAAGUGGCUUUGUACCUGCUCAUCUGGGGUGAAGCCAACCAGGUUCGAUUUUUGCCCGAAUGCAUCUGUUUCAUCUUCAAGUGUGCAGACGACUUCUACUCCUCUCCAGAGUGCCAGAGCCGUGUUGAGCCUGUUGAGGAGUUCACUUACCUCAAUGAGAUCAUCACUCCCCUCUACCAGUACUGCCGUGACCAGGGAUACGAGAUUGUGGAUGGCAAAUACGUGCGUCGUGAGCGUGACCACAACGAGAUCAUCGGUUACGAUGAUAUGAACCAGCUGUUCUGGUACCCCGAAGGUAUUGAGCGCAUCGGGUUCGAGGAUAAGACUCGUUUGGUUGAUAUCCCCCCUGCUGAGCGUUGGCCCAAGCUCAAGGAUGUCGUGUGGAAGAAGGCUUUCUUCAAGACCUACCUUGAGACCCGGUCCUGGUUCCACAUGGUUACCAACUUCAACCGUAUCUGGGUUCUUCACCUUUCUGCCUUCUGGAUGUUCACUGCCUACAACGCUCCAACUCUCUAUACCAAACAUUACACCCAGCAAGCGAAUAACAAGCCUACCGCCGCCAGAUAUUUGGCGGCAGUCAGCUUCGGUGGUGCAAUUGCUGCCUUCAUUCAGAUCUUCGCUACCAUCUGCGAGUGGAUCUACGUCCCGCGUCGCUGGGCUGGAGCUCAGCAUCUGAACAAGCGUUUCUGGUUGCUGAUUUGCGUCUUCAUUGUCAACCUCAUCCCUGGUGUUCUCAUCUUUGGCUUCCUCGACAUAAUCAGCAAAAAAACCAGUACCCAGAACACUAUUGGCCUUAUCGUGGGAAUUGUGGGCUUCGUCCUGGCCGUUUUCACAUCUGCUUUCUUCUCUAUCCAGCCCCUCGGUGGUCUGUUCGGGAGUUAUAUGAAAAAGGGGGGUCGUCAGUAUGUUGCUAGUCAGACAUUCACGGCUAGUUUCCCUCGUCUUUACGGAAAUGACAUGUGGAUGUCCUACGGUCUCUGGGUUUGCGUCUUUGGUGCCAAGCUUGCUGAGUCUUACUUCUUCCUGACUCUCUCGUUGAAGGACCCUAUUCGCAUCCUGUCACCAAUGAGCAUCUGGGAGUGCACUGGUGUCUACUGGGUUGGCAACGUUCUGUGUCACAAGCAGCCUCAGAUUCUGCUCGGUCUCAUGUUCUUCAUGGACCUGACGCUUUUCUUCCUUGACAGUUAUCUGUGGUACAUUAUUUGUAACACUAUCUUCUCCGUGGCUCGUUCUUUCUACCUUGGUGUCUCCAUCUGGUCUCCUUGGCGAAACAUCUUCUCCCGUCUCCCCAAGCGUAUUUACUCCAAGGUUCUUGCUACGACAGAUAUGGAGAUUAAGUACAAGCCCAAGGUGUUGAUCUCCCAGGUGUGGAAUGCAAUCAUCAUUUCCAUGUAUCGCGAACAUCUCUUGGCCAUCGACCAUGUCCAGAAGCUGCUCUACCACCAGGUUCCCUCGGAGCAAGAAGGCAAGCGCACUCUUCGCGCCCCGACUUUCUUCGUCUCUCAGGAAGAUCAGUCCUUCAAGACUGAGUUUUUCCCGGCUGGUAGUGAGGCUGAGCGUCGUAUCUCCUUCUUUGCUCAAUCUUUGUCGACUCCCAUGCCAGAACCAUUGCCCGUUGACAACAUGCCCACCUUCAGUGUUCUUAUUCCCCACUACAGCGAGAAGAUUCUCUUGUCCCUGAGAGAAAUUAUUCGCGAGGAUGAACCAUACUCCCGUGUGACGCUUCUUGAAUACCUCAAGCAGCUGCACCCUCACGAGUGGGACUGCUUUGUCAAGGACACUAAGAUUUUGGCCGACGAGACCUCCCAGUUCAACGGUGAAAUGAACGAAAAAGGCGAGAAGGAUGCACAGAAGAGCAAGAUUGAUGAUCUGCCUUUCUACUGCAUCGGUUUCAAAUCGGCGGCUCCUGAAUACACUCUCCGAACUCGUAUCUGGGCCUCUCUUCGUUCGCAGACCCUCUACAGAACUGUUUCCGGUUUCAUGAACUACAGCCGUGCCAUCAAGCUGCUUUAUCGCGUUGAAAACCCCGAAGUCGUCCAGAUGUUCGGUGGUAACUCGGAAAAGCUGGAGCGUGAGUUGGAGCGUAUGGCUCGCCGCAAGUUCCGUAUCUGUGUUUCCAUGCAGCGUUAUGCCAAGAUGACCAAGGAUGAGCGCGAGAACACAGAGUUCCUCCUCCGUGCCUACCCUGAUCUUCAGAUUGCGUAUCUUGAUGAAGAGCCCCCAGCCACCGAGGAUGAGGAGCCCCGCCUGUACUCUGCCUUGAUUGAUGGUCACUGUGAAAUCCUCGAGAACGGAAUGCGCAAGCCUAAGUUCAGAAUUCAGCUCUCUGGUAACCCGAUUCUUGGUGACGGAAAGUCCGACAACCAGAACCACGCUAUCAUCUUCUACCGUGGUGAAUACAUCCAGUUGAUUGACGCCAACCAGGACAACUAUCUGGAAGAAUGUCUGAAGAUCCGCAGCGUUUUGGCUGAGUUCGAAGAGCUGACCACUGACAACGUUUCGCCGUACACGCCUGGUAUCCCCUCACCGGAAAACAACCCUAUCGCCAUUCUCGGAGCUCGUGAAUACAUUUUCUCUGAGAACAUUGGUGUGCUUGGUGAUAUCGCUGCCUCCAAGGAACAAACGUUCGGUACACUGUUCGCACGUACUCUGGCCCAGAUCGGUGGUAAGCUUCAUUAUGGUCACCCUGAUUUCCUGAAUGCCACCUUCAUGUGUACGCGUGGUGGUGUCUCCAAGGCCCAAAAGGGACUGCACCUUAACGAGGAUAUUUACGCCGGUAUGAACGCUCUUCUGCGUGGUGGUCGUAUCAAGCACUGCGAGUACUACCAGUGUGGUAAGGGUCGUGAUUUGGGUUUCGGCUCCGUUCUUAACUUCACUACGAAGAUUGGUACUGGUAUGGGUGAACAGAUGUUGUCUCGAGAGUACUACUACCUCGGAACCCAACUGCCCUUGGAUCGUUUCCUGUCUUUCUACUAUGCCCACCCUGGUUUCCACAUUAAUAACAUGUUCAUUAUGCUGUCUGUGCAAAUGUUCAUGAUUGUGCUGAUCAACCUGGGUGCCUUGAAGCACGAGACCAUCACUUGCCGUUACAAUUCCGAUCUACCUGUCACCGAUCCUCUGCUGCCUACCUUCUGUGCUGACCUUCACCCGAUUGUCAACUGGGUCAACCGUUGCGUCAUCUCCAUCUUCAUCGUGUUCUUCAUCUCCCUGGUUCCCCUGGCCGUGCAAGAGUUGACCGAGCGUGGUGUCUGGCGCAUGGCCACUCGUCUGACCAAGCACUUCGCCUCGAUGUCCUUCCUGUUCGAGGUGUUUGUCUGUCAGAUUUAUGCUCAGGCUGUGCACCAGAACUUGUCUUUCGGUGGUGCCCGUUACAUUGGUACCGGUCGUGGUUUCGCUACAGCCCGUAUUCCCUUCGGUGUGCUAUACUCGCGUUUCGCCGGGCCUUCCAUUUACGGUGGUGCUCGUCUGCUGAUGAUGUUGCUCUUCUCAACCUCCACCGUCUGGACUCCGGCCCUGCUUUGGUUCUGGGUUUCCCUGCUGGCUUUGAUCAUCUCGCCCUUCAUGUUCAACCCCCACCAGUUUGCAUGGAACGACUUCUUCAUCGACUACCGUGAUUACCUCCGCUGGCUCUCGCGUGGUAACUCUCGAUCGCACGCCUCCUCCUGGAUCGGUUUCUGUCGUCUGUCCCGUACCAGGCUCACUGGUUACAAGCGUAAGGUUCUUGGAGUUCCAUCUGAGAAGAACUCAGGUGACGUUCCCCGGGCUCGGUUCACAAACAUCUUCUUCAGCGAGAUCGUCGCCCCCCUGGUCGUUGUCGCCGUAACUCUUAUCCCCUACUUGUUCAUCAACUCCCGGACCAUGUACAGCAACAACCCGGCCUACGCUCCCAACGCCAUUCUGCGCAUUGUUCUCUGUGCCGUGGCACCUAUUGCUGUCAACGCUGGUGUUGCCGGCAUGUUCUUCGGUAUGGCUUGCUGCAUGGGUCCUUUAUUCAGUAUGUGCUGCAAGAAGUUCGGUUCUGUUCUGGCCGCUAUUGCCCACGCCAUUGCUGUCAUCAUCCUCAUUGUGUUCUUUGAGGUCCUUUUCGUUUUGGAAUCCUUCAAUUGGGCCCGAACAAUGUCUGGCCUCGUUGCCAUGAUGGCAAUCCAGCGUUUCAUCUACAAGUUGAUCAUUUCCCUUUGCCUCACUCGAGAGUUCAAGCAUGAUCAGUCCAAUAUCGCCUGGUGGACUGGUAAAUGGUAUAACAUGGGAUGGCACUCUAUGUCCCAACCAGGUCGUGAAUUCCUGUGUAAGAUCACCGAGCUGGGUUACUUCGCCGCCGACUUCGUCCUCGGCCACAUUAUCCUCUUCUUCAUGCUGCCCAUGCUGGCUAUCCCAUAUGCGGAUAAGUUCCAUUCCGUCAGCUUGUUCUGGCUGCGUCCCAGUCGUCAAAUCCGUCCUCCUAUCUACUCUUUGAAGCAGUCAAAGCUCCGCAAGAGACGUGUGGUUCGUUUCGCUAUUCUAUACUUCAGCAUGCUGGUGCUUUUCAUCAUCCUGCUUGUUGCACCAAUCAUCCUUCACAACAUGGAGAGCGUCUCCAAGAGCUUCCUCACUAGCCUUUGGGGUACCAUUGGUGUCAGCAAAGAUGUGAGCAGCCAAAUGAUGUGGCUCCUCCAGCCUAUGGACAAGGGAUUGAACGAUACUGCCUCCUUUUAUACCGGUAGCAACUUGCCGGACGGAUACCCGUCAGCAUCUGACGCUACACCCGCUACCACUGGCAGUGUUGCUACCUAUGUGCGGAAGUUGAUUUGA